AUGACCUUGUUAGUGGGCGGUUUUGAGUCCCACGUUUUAUUCGACUCUGGAGCAUCGAAUUGCUUCAUUACACCGGAGCGUGCCGAGAAGAGUGGCAUCCGGAGUAGCGCGGGCGAGAGCGCGGGCAUGGUCAAGGUGGCGGGAGGUGGAUUCUUGUCUACUUUGGGCCGUGCUAGAGGAGUCGAGAUCGAGAUUGCGGGGCAGUCAAUGCCAGCAGACUUAGUCAUCAGUCCGGUGGAGCUGUAUGACGUUAUUCUCGGGAUGGACUGGUUGUCACACUACAGAGUUCAUCUGGAUUGCUACAGAGGUAGAGUGGUCUUCGAGCGAGAUGCAGGGAGGUUGGUUUAUCAGGGAGUGAGACCGACUUCCGGGAGUAUUGUGAUAUCUGCUAUUCAGGCCGAGCAGUUGUUAGAGCGGGGCUGUGAGGCGUAUCUGGCGACGAUUUCUAUGUCUGAGUCAGGAGCUGGAGUUGUUAUGGGAGAUAUUGAGGUUGUCCAGGAUUUUGAGGAUGUCUUUCAGUCACUGAAGGGAUUACCACCAUCUCGGUCUGAUCCUUUCACGAUUGAGUUAGAGCCGGGGACAGCACCGAUAUCGAAGACGCCUUACAGGAUGGCGCCAGCUGAGUUGGCAGAGCUGAAGAAGCAGAUAGAGGACCUUUUGUCUAAGGGGUUCAUUCGACCGAGUGUUUCACCGUGGGGAGCACCGGUGUUGUUUGUGAAGAAGAAGGAUGGCAGUUUCAGACUUUGUAUCGAUUACAGAGGUCUUAACCGAGUCACUGUGAAGAACAGGUACCCACUCCCGAGGAUUGAUGAGUUGUUGGAUCAGUUGAGGGGUGCUACUUGGUUCUCCAAGAUUGACUUGGCAUCGGGGUAUCAUCAGAUCCCGAUAGAUGAGGCAGAUGUCAGGAAGACUGCUUUCAGGACGCGUUAUGGGCAUUUUGAGUUUGUGGUUAUGCCUUUCGGUUUGACUAACGCGCCGGCAGCCUUCAUGAGAUUGAUGAACGACGUGUUCAGGGAGUAUUUGGACGUGUUCGUCAUCAUUUUCAUUGAUGAUAUUCUGGUAUACUCGAGGAGUCAGGAGGAGCAUGCGACUCACUUGAGGUUGGUUCUGGAGAAGCUUCGGGAGCAGAAGCUUUUUGCUAAGUUGAGCAAGUGCAGUUUCUGGCAGCGAGAGAUGGGAUUUCUUGGCCACAUUGUUUCUGCAGAGGGAGUUUCUGUGGAUCCGGCUAAGAUUGAGGCUAUCAGAGAUUGGCCUAGACCUAGUAGUGCCACCGAGAUCAGGAGUUUUCUGGGUUUGGCAGGAUACUACAGGAGGUUCGUCAAGGGGUUUGCUACCAUGGCGCAGCCGAUGACGAAGUUGACCGGGAAGGAUGUCCCUUUUUUGGUCAGCUGA